AUGCAAGGAAAAAAAUGGAAAGAAAGGAAAAAUACUAUGAAAGAUGGUGAUGUGAUACUGAAGGACGGGAAGCCCACUGAUAUAAUUAUACCACGAUCAUGCAACUUAUUGAGCGUAUCAUCCAGCGUAAUGGGGCCAACUGGGGUCGGGAAAAGCACCUUCAUCAAUGCUGCAUGCGGAGAGGAAGUGACCACUGUUGGCCACGAGUUGAAGUCAUGUAUCGCUCGCAUCCAACACGCAAUCUGUGAAUGUCCUAGCGAUCCCUCCCGCCGUGUAAUUCUCGUCGACACACCCGGUUUUGAUGAUACAUACGUACGGCGACAAUAUGAAGCUGGCCGCCAACCGCGGAUGUUUGGGACAUCGCGCAAAAAUCUUGACAUGUUUCGAAGGCUGUGCGGCGAAGAUGCCGAGAAGAACGUCAUUCUUGUGACCACGAAAUGGAGUGAAGUCCGUGAGGAGGUGGGAGAAAGUCGUGAGCAACAGUUGAAGAGCAGCUUCUGGCAGGAAAUGAUUGCACAUGGAUCACAAGUCGCUCGAUUCCUCAAGCCAGAUCUACCUGAAUCUGCUUGGGAUGUCUUAGAGCCCAUUCUUGCAAAUACGGCAGAAGCUGUCGCCCUCCGCAUUCAACAGGAACUGGUUGACUGGGGAAAACUAAUUCCAGAAACCGAUGCUGGAAACGCCUUGCGUGCCACACUGAAGGAGCUGACAGCUAGGCAUAGAGAGAAUAUGGAGGGACUGAAGGGGAAGGAUGAACAAAGAUUGAAGGAGACUCAGAAAGAAGUUUAUGAGCUCUUGAAACAAAUUCAAGGACUCAAGGUGCCAUUCAGGAGGUGGAUGAGGGGUUGGAUCCUGUCAUGGUCAAGGUCACUUCACGUAGUCCACGGCCAUUCUACUUAG